UUGCUAGCGAGUUUAUUAAAGUUAGCUAGCUCCUGAUAUUCCGCAGGCUUUGUGUAUUGCGGUUGCCUAACAACGGAAAAAUGAACGCUUCUGUUUCCAUCAGAUCUUUAAUUUGUCUAAUUUCUGUUGUCAAACUGUUCAGCUGUUACUGUUUAAGUAUUUUGAUCGACUGAAAUCCUGCAUGUAUUUGUAUUUAAUGAAGAAAUGGGUAACUUGGACAAUUUCUUGGAAGAUCAGAAAGAACCGUCUCAAGAGAGUGCAUGUUUGGAAGAGGAGGAUCUACCUUACAUGACAAUCAAGACAAAGACAAUCCGUGUAAACCCUGUAAAAGAAAAUGAUGCGCCAUUUGACUGGACAUCAACUCCGAGAAGGCUUCAAACUCUUGGCAAAGAUGAAAGCUCUGGACUAAGUUUACAGUUGGGAGCAGAAUAUGAACAGAAGAAGCAAAAACUCCAGGAAGAGCUUCGUUCUGAGUACAGACGAUUUGUGGCUCAGAAAAAGGAUCUGCGCGCGGUUAAGACGGAUCCACACGCUCCGGGCCUAUCCUUACCUAUUGACGUGAGGAGAUUUGCCAAGGACAAGCUAAGAGAUGAGAGGAACAAGGAAUAUAACCUCUUCCUUAAAGGAUGGUCGGGACAGACUAGCAGACGAUCUUCAAAGCCUGCCCAGUUUCAGGCCCCAGAGUUUCAGGCCCCUGCUGCACCUAAUUCCCACCCAGCCAUCCCAGAGGCCCAGAUUAGCCGUCCUUGGGACCCACUUCCACCCAAGAAGGAUGCUGCCACCUUGACUGACGGAGGGACAGGGCCAGAGGGUCGUGGCCCACGAGGGAGAAGGCGCUGGGAUCUUCAGAGACUGGAAGAAUCCCUGGAACACUGGGAGAGCAGGAGGCCCAGGAGGAGAAGCAGACACAGGGAGUACAGCUCUGAAGAGUACCUCUCCACAGAGGAGGAAGAGUUUGAGUUCUUGGAUAGGAGGAGGCAGAGAAGGAGCCGCAAGCCUGAGUCUCCUGAGAGAAGAGAGAGGAGAGUAACUGACAGACCUGCCAAAGCGACGCGAGGAAGGAGAGGGGUGGAACCUGCUGUGGUCCAUGACGAUGACACACAAGACCAGAUCAGAACGUUCCAGUCAGCAACACCAAAACCUAAGAGUCUCGUGACGCCAGUUGCCAUGAAGACGGUCGAGAGGUCCAGGUCUGAAGCCGAUAUGGACAGGGGCGUGUUCGCCACCGGACUCAUGAUUGGGACAGCUGAGGAGGAUGCGGCCAGAGACCGGAGGAAGGAGCGCUACAGGCAGGAGCUGCUGGAGCAGAUGGCCGAGGGACGGAGGAACAAGAAGAAGGAGAAGGAUCUGGAGCUGAGAGUGGCUGCCACAGGGGCUGUUGACCCAGAGAAACAGCCUGACCGCAUUAAGCAGUUUGGGGCGGUGAACCGUGGCGACGAGGGCCAGAGACGUGACAUCCAGCAUAGACCCGGGGUCAGCCUGGACGCCCUGGGGUCUGACUGUAAACCAUGGCCCCGCCAGCAGAGGCGAGACACGGGCACGGAGGAGAGUCUUCCCCCUGAGAGGCCCCGUGUCGCCUUUCCCUCCCUACCAGUGACUGAUGCCCUGGGCCGGCUACCAGGGGCCGACGUAGCUCCUCUCCACAAGGACUUCCCCAGGAGCCUCUCCAGUACCCUGGGAGAGAUGAUCGCCCCGAGAAUCGCCGACUUGCCGCCUCCAUUGCCGCCAACUCUAACUGAUGCCUACCGAACUCCAUAUGAUGAGGCCUAUUACUGCUACGGAGCGAGGAAUCCCCGGGACCUCAACCCAUCCCACUAUGGACCUCCAGUGAGUGGAGGUCAGACCCUGCUCUUCCCCUACCAGCCUCCAGGAAUGAUGCUUCUCCCUGGGCAUCAAGGAGCCCGAACCAAUCAGCAUCCGGUAGCUCUGCCUGAGCCUGGGCUGGGGGUUGGACCAAUAGGAAAGAGGCCCAAGCAGUCUAAGGAGAGCGUGCUGAACUACCAGGAAGCCCUGCGACAACAGAUCAAGGAGAAAGAGAGUCGACAAAGAGAAGAGAGGGAGGCCAGUGAUCGCUACAAUGCUAAGAUUGAGGAGGAGAGUAAGGCCUUUGACCCCUGGGGAAAGGGGGGUGGAGGAGCCCCUCUCAGGGAUGACAACGGAAACCUGAUCAGUGACCUGAACAGAAUGCACAGGACCAACGAGGAAGCAUACGCGAACCCAGAGUCCAGGGAUAGGGGGAAACCCCGGGUCUCUGUAGCCAGGAGUGAAGGAGGAGGGGGAGGUGGAGGCCGUAUUCCCACGGGGGAGGAGGCGUUCCCCUCCGGCCAACAACUGUCAGGUUUCUCCCAGCCGUCACAGUUCGCCCGUGGCAACAUGUUCAGUGAUCAGCGCACUCUGCAGAAGCUCCAGGAUCAGGGCACCUACAAAGACUUCCUGAAGCAGCAGAUCGACGACAAGAGGAGGAGGGAGGCAGAGGAGAGGGACCGUAAAAGGAUGGAGGAGGAGAGGGAGGAGAAAAGGGUGGCUGAACAGAGGGUUUGUAUACAGAAGGAGUUUGAGGAGGAGCAGGACAGGAAGCGACGAAAAGAGGUUGAGCAAAUGACCAAGAAUGAAGAGCUGAUUCGCCAGGCUGAGGAGCGCCGAAGGGAAGCAGACAGGAAGAGAAGGGAGGAGGAAGAGCGGGAGAAUGAGAGUCUAAGGAAACAGAUGGAGAGGGAAAGGCAGGCGCUGAAGGCAGAUAGGGCCAAUUCUCCAAUCAUUCCAGCCCUGCAGAAAAAAUUGUACAAGCACCUAACCCCUAGACCUCCCAGUGCUACCAGUCAAUUCUCCUCCAGGGCCCUGUCUGGAGGUUCUGUCUCAGCACCACACUCCCCGCCGGUCCCUGCCCGGAGAAACCAGCUCCGAGCCACAGAGGAGAGGCCAGAGGGCGUGAUCCGGGGGCUGUCCACCCUGCGGAGGCGGCUGAGGAGUGAACAGAGACGGCUGGAGGGUCAGCUGCUGCAGAGGGACAGAAAGGACAAGGACACGCCCCUCCCCGACCGGCACGGUGGGCAUCCCCGCAGUGACGUGUUCCAGGUGGCACGUGUCGGCGCCCGGGGGCUGUCAAGGAGAGUGGCGGCCCGUGUCAACAAGCAGAACGUCCGGGAGUCCGACCCGCUCAAACACAGAGACUACGAGCCGUCCGGGAUUCAACAGCCCCGUCGUCACGCUAGGGAGAAUCCGGGCCACCAGAGAGUCCAUUCACUGGAGUCAGAGAGUACCUUCAUUGACUAUCCUGAUGGGGACGCAGGGUCCCUGUCGCCGGCACAGGUUGACCCGAGGACCAGACAGCCUGCAGUCCGGGAGAGCUGGAGGCCCGUCAGGAGGAGAGAUCUCCCAGAAGUUGGGGUGACCGCUGGUGGUCAGAGGGGUCAUUCCUUCCAACCAGAUGGCCGGUCUCUGUUCCCCGUGACCAGCUUGAAUGUGGAUGAGGUCGGGGACCGCAACCAGAGACGCGUCCGCGGCCCCCAAGACUUCAGCGAGCAUGAUGGGAGAUCAGAUAAAGGGGAUGACCUCUCGCUGCGGUCCACCCCAUUCCACCCGGACAGGCGUGUUUCCAUAGAGACUGUUGCCACGGAGCCCUGGCUGCGACCCGGCACGUCAGACACACAGAAGUGGUUUGGAGCGGGUCAGAUCCGGAGAGAGGCCGGCUACUAGAGACAUUUCGGGUGUAUGCUGUGCAGUCAGUUUGGUAACCCUUGGUUCAAAGUUAAUUUGGUAUUUUCUGUUGCCGCAUCAGAGGGCAAAACAUCUGCGUAAAAACAUGUUUUUACACAGAAAAAUAUAUAAAAUGUUGCUUGAGCGAACUUUUUUCAACACCACCACCAGAGCAGAUGUCCAACUGGAGAUGUGGUAGUAGCAGAUAUUUUAGCCUCUGUAUACAGCAGUAUAUUUGAGAUAUUUUAGCCUCUGCUUGGCUGAGGGUCGUGAAAUAUUUACAGCAUUUGGCCCUGAUCGGCACCACUGCCACAGAUCUAGAAUAGUAGCACUCUUGUCUGCAGAUGCAUGUUAAUGCUAAUGUUUUUAUGUACUUUGGCAAAAUACAGUUAAAACAUGUGAAUCUGAUGUUUAAAUGUUUGUA